AACUUUAUAACAUUUCUCUCAGUCGAACAGUAGAGUUCUUUCGAUCGUGUUGUUAAACGUGAAAAAUAAUGACUACUCUAAACCGAGAUUGUCUCAGCGAACACGACCGCCAGGUGCUGGAGUCGAUCUUCAAUCCGUCCCAGAUUGGCGGAGAGGAACUGCUCUAUAAUGGCAAAGAAGAGUUUCCCGAAGACUUGCAAGACCGAGUGGAACCAAACAACCCAAACAUUAUCGAAUCGAAAAAACUAGAAUUGAUAGCAAUCCAACUGGCUGAAGAUGGUAAACUACCGGAAGCAAUCCUACAGUUUACAAAAGCCAUUCAAGUAGCACCGGAGCGGCCUGCGCCGUGGAAUAAUCGAGCCCAAGCUUACCGCUACUUAGGAAACGAAAAAACGGCACUGGAAGACAUCGAGCAGGCGCUACAGCUGUCAAAUCGCAGCGGCCGAACGGGCUGCCGGGCGCUUUGCCAGCGCGGCGUACUGCGAAGAAAGAACAACGAUCUGGACGGCGCCCGAGCCGACUUCGAGGAGGCGGCUAAGCUAGGCAGUAAAUUUGCCCGCACGCAGCUGAUCGAGCUAAACCCGUACGCGGCCCUGUGCAAUCAAAUGCUACGGGAGGUGAUGAAGGUCCAGUGAGUGGCGGAACUUGUACUUGAUAUUUUGUAGAAUAAAAAUAAUGAUUUUUGAGCAUGUUUUCAAUAAAGAUAGAUAUUUUGGAAUAAGUU